AUGGACUCUGGGAAGGGGGUGGAGGGGAGGGGGUGAGCUGCAGGUCUGAGUUUGAGAGUCGUGUUGUGGUGUGAGUGUUCGGGAAAUCUAAUGGAAAAUGUGGUUGGGGGAGGGAGUGGGGAGGGAUAGGGAGGGAGGCAGGGAGGGAGGAAGAGAGGGAGAGAGAGAGAGAGAGAGAGAGAGAGAGAGAGGGAGAGAGGCAGCUGCAGUGGGAGCUAGUUGGAUAGGCAAUUCCAGUACUUUGUAAGCAUCUAGGCAGCCCAACGUCACUGAGCUCAGCUGGGUCGGCUUGUAUUUCUGAGAGAGGGAGAGAGAGAGAGAGAGAGAGAGAAAUCUUACCUCGGAUUCCGGAACUUUAACCCUGAAAGCGGUACUCAGAGAGGACUUGGACCAUUCCCACGGCUUCCUCUGCUCUCCCGACGUUCCCUCCCUGGGGGUCCCAGGGAGGAGCAGGGCACUGAGCUUUUCCUAUUGAAGGUGUCCCUCCUGAGGCUGCUGUUUUGCAUUCUUUGGAGCCCGUCUGGUGCCUGACAAGUUGGAAAUCUGUAGGGAGACAGCAGCAGCGCAGAGCGGAGGAGGUGUGUGUGCCGGAGGUGGGCCGUGGCUGCUGAGGCUCCAGCGGUGGGUGCUCUUUGUAGGCAGCAGUAGCCGCUAGUCCGGGCACGCAGUGCCCCGCAUAAACCCGGAGCCACCAUGCCGGCGCCCCCGCCUUGCUGCCGGCUUCCCUGCUAGGAGCACAAGGGACGUGGUGAAUGCACCGGCUUCACCGAGCGAGUGCAGGACCCUGCACGGUCACAGGGCCCUGGGCACACCAUGGCCGACGCAGAAGAGGGCUUUGGCCUAGCGCACACACCUCUGGAACCUGACUCUAAGGAUCUACCCUGCGACUCAAAGCCAGAGAGCGCGCUAGGGGCCCCCAGCAAGUCCCCUUCAUCCCCACAGGCCGCCUUCACCCAGCAGGGCAUGGAAGGGAUCAAGGUGUUUCUUCACGAAAGAGAACUGUGGCUGAAAUUCCAUGAAGUGGGCACGGAAAUGAUCAUAACCAAGGCUGGAAGGCGGAUGUUUCCCAGUUACAAAGUGAAGGUGACCGGCCUUAAUCCCAAAACGAAGUACAUUCUCCUCAUGGACAUUGUCCCUGCGGAUGACCACAGAUACAAGUUCGCGGAUAAUAAAUGGUCCGUGACCGGGAAAGCAGAGCCGGCCAUGCCCGGCCGUCUGUACGUGCACCCGGACUCGCCGGCCACGGGGGCGCACUGGAUGCGGCAGCUGGUCUCCUUCCAGAAACUCAAGCUCACCAACAAUCACCUGGACCCCUUCGGGCACAUUAUUCUAAAUUCCAUGCACAAAUACCAGCCCAGAUUACACAUCGUGAAAGCGGACGAAAAUAAUGGAUUUGGCUCAAAAAACACUGCCUUCUGCACCCACGUCUUUCCGGAGACGGCGUUUAUCGCGGUGACUUCCUACCAGAAUCACAAGAUCACCCAGUUGAAGAUUGAGAAUAACCCUUUCGCCAAAGGAUUCCGGGGCAGCGACGACAUGGAACUUCACAGAAUGUCAAGGAUGCAAAGUAAAGAAUAUCCCGUGGUUCCUCGGAGCACGGUGAGACAGAAAGUGGCUUCCAACCACAGCCCUUUCAGCAGUGAGCCUCGAGCUCUCUCCACCUCGUCCAACUUGGGGUCCCAGUACCAGUGUGAGAACGGUGUGUCCGGACCCUCCCAGGACCUUCUGCCCCCGCCCAACCCGUACCCGCUGCCCCAGGAGCAUGGCCAAAUCUACCACUGCACCAAGAGGAAAGCAGAUGAAGAGUGCUCCACCGCUGACCACCCCUACAAGAAGCCCUACAUGGACACCUCGCCCAGCGAAGAGGACCCGUUCUACCGCCCCAGCUACCCCCAGCAGCAGGGCCUGAGCGCCUCCUACAGGACAGAGUCGGCCCAGCGGCAGGCCUGCAUGUACGCCAGCUCCGCGCCCCCCAGCGAGCCGGUGCCCAGCCUGGAGGACAUCAGCUGCAACACGUGGCCCAGCAUGCCCUCCUACAGUAGCUGCACGGUCACGACCGUGCAGCCCAUGGACAGGCUGCCCUACCAGCACUUCUCCGCUCACUUCACCUCGGGGCCCCUGGUCCCCCGGCUGGCUGGCAUCGCCAACCACGGCUCCCCGCAGCUCGGAGAGGGGAUGUUCCAGCACCAGACCUCCGUGGCCCACCAGCCUGUGGUCAGGCAGUGCGGGCCUCAGACUGGCCUGCAGUCCCCCGGCAGCCUGCAGCCGUCUGAGUUCCUCUACUCCCACGGCGUGCCGAGGACCCUGUCCCCACACCAGUACCACUCCGUGCACGGGGUCGGCAUGGUGCCGGAGUGGAGCGAGAAUAGCUAAAGGGAGGCCCGCUUCCUCACAGACGUUCACGAGAGAGAGAGAGGAGAGAGAGAGAGUGUGCGGGAGAGAGGCAGAGAGGCAGUAGCAGAGAGAACCCCACGGACAAGACUCUCCAUUUUACCCCCAUGUUCACGCCUGCACUCAAGAGCCUCCCCCCCCCACUGAUCUAAUCAGUAGCCCGAAACCACAAUUCAAAAAAUGUGACUUUGUUGUUUCAUCUCAAAACUUAAAAAAAAAAAAUGGAAAAGAUGAAUCCCGUCCCCACCCACGCCACCACACUCCUCAGUGGGCCGCGUUCAUGCCACCGUUCCAGGUUCCCCCCGAUUCGCCCCUUUGGUCUCAGAAAGUCUCGCCUCAUUGAGCAUUUUCCCCUAAUGUGGAGCUGGGGUCUUUUCCUGCCUUGGUGUUAAUGUUGACAUUGUUAUAUAAUAAAUAAUAAUAUAUUUUUUUCUUUCAACUUU